AUGAUGCAACACGCUAAGGUUAUUCGGCCAUUUCUUUUUUCAGUUCGCCUGCUCCUAUGGAUCUCCGCAGUAAUCACUUUGGGCCUUACUGCCUGGGUGGUUGAUCACCUGAAGGGCUAUCGGGCCAUCUUCACCCUAGUCAUUGCGGUUCUCACUACAGCGUUUUAUAUACCCUCCCUCUUCACCGCAUGCAUGCGCUGCAACCGUGGAUAUAUGAUUCCAUUAGAUAUAGUCUUCUAUGCACUAUGGCUGUCAGCAUUCAUCUUUGUUGCUCAAACCGAUGACCUUAUUGAUGGUGCUGGGUGUUCUUACUUCCUUUGGGACUUAGCACCACAAAAAUUCCUCACCUUCCCCUUUCCAAAUACGCGAACACACGUGCUCAUUUAUCCCCAAAGCUUCUGGACGUUCUGUGGCCUAUGUUUGGAAACCCUCAAUGUUUUUCUCAACAGUCGGCAUUCUGCGGUCGCCACUGUGAAUCAUCCCGAGAAAUUGAGUUCAUCGGGCCGUGGUGUUAAUAAUGGAACUACUACAGCCCCUGGCGCCGACCCUGCGCCAGCAUUGAAUGGUGAACACACUCAAGUUUGA